AUGGAGACCCUGGCCUCCGUUUGGGCCCGUGACCCCCAUGACCUGGGAGAAAAGUCGUCAGUGUGGGAGUCUCGGUGUGAUUUCAGCAGCCCUCCUGCUGUGAUGUGGCCGGAGCAGCUCUCCCCUCACCUCCAGAGGAACAAACAGCUGCAGGACACGCUGCUGCAGAGAGACGAGGAGCUGCUCCGACUGCAGGACGAGAACAACAAACUCAGAGAGUUCCUCAGCUCGUCCUUCGUCAGGACCCUGCAGCAGAAAGCAAAGAAACUGCGCCCCGACGGGAGGAGGAAGCUGAAGAGAAACCUGACACACACUGAUGACGGACUCUUCCUGAACCGCAGUCCUUCGCCGCAUUUCCCUCCGAACGUCAGCAAGAGAGUCUGCAGGAACCUCAGUGCAGAGUUCAGCUCAGAGACCUCCUCCUCCUCCUCCUCCUCAGAACCAAACCUGGACCUCUGGGUUCUUCGGACGCUGGGCCUCAAGGACCGGGACACCAUCGACACGUCCAGCGAGUCCUCGCCCGGAUUCAGCAGUUUGUUUUAUGAUUCCAGCGUCUCCUCUUCCUCCGAAUACUCCCUGAACUCCUCCUUCAGUUACUGCCCGACAUCGACACCACAGACAGGUUAUACCAACGAGGAAAAGGAGUCCCCUCAGGGCUGCACGACUUCCCCUCACCAACACACCAGGACCACCUAUCCCUCUCCAGUGUCAACGGAAAAACUGCCCUUCCCCCCGACACAGGACGAGAUCUGCACCAUCGACGCCUCGAGAGUUCACACUCAUCCAGCCAAACACCCGGCGUACUGGUCUCCAUCCCAGGACACAGUGCAGGUCAGCCCACCAGGACAGAGAGUCCCCUUCUUCCCCAUCGCGACCUCGAGUGCCGUCACGACCCAGAGUUGGUGCCCCGUGCGAGGCAGCAGCCCGGCCAGACUGUCAGCUGGAUCUCAGACGCGCAGCAGCCCGAAGGACCUGGCGUUCAGGAUGUCCAUCAGCCCGACCAGCAGCGUGAAGACACACAGCUUCCCCCAGGGACAGGCCUUCGUCAGGAAGGACACCGGGGGGAGGUGGAACUUCACCUGGGUGCCAACACAAGGACCAUAGGCGUGAAGGAAGAGCUCCAGAUCUGCUGUUGUAGAAGGAAAAUGUCCUAAAAUUAACCGGUGUCGUCAUCAGAUAGAAAACUGUACGAUGUGAAGAAUGAGCUGAGACGCGUUUCACUGCCGAACAUCUAGCAAUAAAACCUCUGUUUAACGACAAGCUCAGCAUUAAUCUCCAAGUCUUAGCUAUCCAGUCCCCUUCAGUCAACAAGCGGGGGAUUAUUUGAUAUAAAAGUGGUCAUAUCAGAUUUUCUUGUGGACCCUGAAAGUGGUCCUGAUUUCAAAAGGUCGUAAAGACCCUCAGGAAACUCUUCAUACUGACCUUGAACUCUCCCCUGAUUUGUUGUUCCAGACGUUUCCUCUGUAUGUAAAGACAUUAUCCGGGCACCAAAGAGGAGACUCGAUAAUCUGUUGUUAGUGACGCUGUGAACCCGUGAGACUUCACAUCUUUAAUAUGAAGCUAAUGAACUAAUAACGAUUAACACGACUGCUUGAAAUGUUUUCUUCACCCUGACUUUUAUAUUCACCUGAAACUGCCACAGACCAGCAUCACUGCUUUGGGAAGAAUCCAAAAAGAUCAAACUGCCUUCGAACAAAACACUUCUGCCCUGAUCUAAGAAUCAGAACUGCCGCUAAAGAGAACCGACAGAUGAAACGCGGCCUGAAACCUGUGAAUAUGAAGCUGCCUCUGGUUUGUUGUCUGGUGUAGAUGAAUGUGUUUGAGUCUGUUGAAUGUGAGGGAGGGUCACUGCCUGUCUGUAAUGUUUUAUGUGAUCAGAACAUAAAGAGUAAACUGUGGACUGACUGACCAACG